AGGCGAAGGCGGCUGCGGCGGCCUUCUUUGCGCACCUCGACACCUACCCUUCGCGAGCGAUUGGCUAUAAAUCGUAGGGGACCGUCUUACCUCAGCAAAGCGUGCGUCUCCUCGAACCAGAGCUUCGAUUCCUACAGUGUUACUGGUUGCCAGCUGCUUGAAGGUACCUGGCAUCGGCAUGGUACAGAUCUCAGCAGCACAACUCUGGCCUUGGACAUGUCUUGUCUACUCUAUCAGCACAGUGGCAUGCAACCUGACUCUGAAUUAAGAAGACUUUCACAUGGGGAGAGAGGAGAUUCCCAAAGGUUAAAAGACACAGACCUACAUGACAUUACUACUCCCCAGAAGUUCUCGGGAGCAAUAGGCAAGUCAUUGGAAAAGAGAUUGCUGUUAGAGAAGCCAAUGAGUCCCAUGACUGGACUGGACCAGAAGAAAGACUGUGUUCCAUCCACGAAACCCCACAGGCCCUGGGCAGACACCUGCGGCUCUUCAGGGAAAGAAGUUAAGCUAUGUCUACAUGUCCCAACUCUUCCCAGUGGGAUCUCAUUACCUCAAACUGUGGAUCACUCAGUGCCGGAAGAAAGUGUUUGGAAAUACAAAGAUUACUUUGCACCCUCAGAGAGACUUUCUUUGAAAAGAGAGUUGAGUUGGUAUAGAGGACGAAGACCCAGAACUGCUUUUACUCAAAACCAGAUUGAAGUGUUAGAAAAUGUCUUUAGAGUAAACUGCUAUCCUGGCAUUGAUAUCAGAGAAGACUUAGCUCGAAAAUUGAACCUAGAGGAGGACAGAAUCCAGAUCUGGUUCCAAAAUCGGCGUGCAAAGCUGAAAAGGUCCCAUAGAGAAUCACAGUUCCUAAUGGCAAAAAAAAAUUUCAACACAGAUCUCCUGGAAUAAAUAGAAAACUAAAC